AUGGGGACCAUUGACAACAACAACCGCGACGGUUACGCCUUAACUGCAAAUACCCCUUGGACCACGAUGCUCUUCCCCCCUUUUCCCCAUUCAUUUACUGCAGUCCGUCAUGGCGCAAUUUCGGAUUACGAGCGGUUCCAACCUAUCUUCACACCGUGGAGCAAUGGGAGGAUAAUCCUUGGCUGCCUUCAUGCGGACUGGGCCAUUUGCUUGAAUUCACGAGCUGGAUGUAUCACAAGGUGUGAUAGCGUUGCUGCAGCACUUACGUAG